AUGCCUCCCAAACCUCAAGAACACCAGCAAGGGGAACCCGAACAAGACGCAGACGAGCACCACUCGAGAACUUCCAGCAAGAGUAGUCUGUCAGGGCGCGAACCACUCCUGUUUGACAAUGCAACUCUGUUGUCCGCGUCUGGGCAUUUACCAUCGGAGACUUCUCGUAGUACUUUAGACGGUGAAUUCGCUGUCAAUACUGCUACGGAGAUGGACUGUGAUAUCUCACUUUCAAUCAUGAAUCGUCCAUCACGGGAUGUUGUUCUUCAACGAUUAUCGGAAGCCCUGCUCCGGAGAUCUCUGACAAAGUUCGCUCUGACACACUUUCUUUCUCUUGCUGCUUUCAUUAAACUUUCGUCACUCGCCGUAAUUUCAAAGAUUGACUUGUCCCAACGAGGAAUUCGAACCUCAGAUGCUCGACUCAUCAACAUGGCACUGGCCCAGAACGCAUCCCUGACAACCUUGAAACUGGGAUACAAUGAUCUCGGGGACGACGGCUUGCGAACAUUGGCAAACGGUAUCGCUCGCCACGGGGCUUUAGAAAGCCUGGAUCUAGGGUUCAACAACAUCGGCGAUAAUGGUUGCCGCGCUUUGGCCGAAGCAAUUACUGCGCAACCCAUGUCACUUUCCAGAUUGCGGACUCUGUAUCUUGCAGGAAACGCAUUGGGCGAAGAUGGAGCAUUGGCCAUUGCCAAAAUCGUCCAGCACGGAUCUCUGGAAAAGCUGUAUCUCACUGGAAAUCGCCUAGGACCAGAUGGAGUUAGAGCCAUUGCUGAGGCAGCGUUGGAGCUACAGCUGGAGAAAAUUCACAAAGUCAACAUCAAUUGCGUAAACAGUCUUCAAGCAAGCAGACGUGGGAUCAAGGAACUGUUUCUCGGAGGCACUGGAUUGGGCGGUGUUGGUUGUCAGGCUAUCGCGGACUUGUUAGGGCAAUCGUCAACUCUGCAAGUUUUGUCUCUGGCGAACUGCGACCUAGACAAUGAUUCUUUGUCAGUCUUGGCAUCCAGUAUCAAGUCAAAUAGGGAGCAAUUACCCCUGGAGUCUCUUCAAUUGUCAUUUAACCAGAUAUCUUGCAAAGGAGUCGAGAGUCUUUCAAAUGCUAUAUGGGGAUGCCGUUCACUUCGAGAGCUGCUUCUCGACAACAAUCAGAUCGGAGACCGCGGGGCGGGGCAAAUCGCUGCCGUCUUAGCCUCUGCGAAUCGCUUGGAGACCCUAAACGUUGGCUUCAAUCGAAUCAAAGCAGUAGGCAUUAAGGCGAUCAUGAAGACUGUUCCCGAAAGCGAGAGUUUACAUUCCCUUUCUCUGUCGGGGAACACCGUUGACGCCAGUGCCGCGAGAAGUAUUGCCUAUGCUCUGGCAUUCAAUCAUUCUCUUCUUUCGCUCUCGCUAGUGAACACCUCAAUUCAACAUGAAGGACAGCGACAUAUUACUGCAGGAAUUGUUUCCAAUAGUCACAUUAAACUCUUGCAACUGAACGGCUUCCGAAUUGGCCCGAUCGUUGUCACGCUCGGCUUUCCAGCUGCCUUGGAACAUUGGAGCAAUGAUCAGAUUCUCAACUUUAUUCAUUUAAUGUGGGACAAAUCCGCUGAGUUGGUGGCACAACAGGAGCACGAGGCAAAACCAGUCUUUGACACAUCACGCUUUUUCUCGAAGGCGAAUCCUCGAGAUCGAGCGGCCCCGUUGGACGCCGCGGUCGUGGUUGACGUGGCAAAGAAGGCCUAUGUGGAACUUGUUACGGAGGGGGUUGAUAUUUUUUCAAAGCGACCUGGCAAUAUGCACGAGCUGUCGCCGCUACCAGGUGAUAACUUCAUAGUAGAGUCGACGAGGAAGGUCGGAGAGAACAGCUAUGCCGAAUCGUCGCUUGAAAGCCAUGUUCAAGCUCGUUCUUUCGUGACAUCCCCAGAAUUAGCCGGCUCUGAAACCUAUGUUCCAGAUCCUCAGCGAAAGAAACGCGUCAUUGAGUGGCUUUGUUCUAAUAUUCAGAACCUGAACAAAAUGGCCCAGCAGCCCUUUAACUCGAAAGAGUUAUGGGCGCUUCACCAGCGAUACUUUACGCCAGUCGUCAACGAGUGUGGCGGAAGCGUCAACCCUACUUCAGAAACGUCCAACAAUCAAAACGGGAAUCCAAAAUUACACGCUUCCAGGGUUUCUCGAUCUAACUCGACUGAGAACCCAGCUGAUAUGAUGAAUGAUUCAACGGAUGACACACUGAUGACCCAAUCGAGUGACCCUUUCAUCUUGGAUUCGCCUCAAGGCAUCGUUUCCUUGCCCGUUCUGAAAAGAAAAGUGUCUUACCGAUUUCUUGGUGAUGCAAUGGUAAAUUCAGCCCCUCGAAUGUCAAAUUGUGUGGAGAUGCGCGGGCCUGAGACAGAACAGCCAAUUUCGAACGGAAUGGUGUCCAUGAUGAUUGAAGGAGGCCCGGUUGGCCACUCGAUGCCUCGCAAAACCAAACGUGCACGGAGGAAUCGCACUCGCAUUUCAUUUCUACCUCGUGUGAAGGUAAAGCUGGAUUCGUAUUUGGACGUCUGUCACGAGAAAGCGUUGACGAUGAUGAGGCAACUGUACUUUGUUGAACGAGCAAUCUUGCUGGGUCAGUUGAAUUCAGAUGUGAACUCGAUGCCGUACAGUGCCCGCAUGCACUUGCACGGCGUCCUUGCUAUGGACGCUGAAAUGAUUUUAGUUGACAUGAUAUAG